CUCGCACUUUCUCUCCCAUUUUCUAGGGAAACUAUCAAAAACCCUAAGCAUCCGUUCCAGAAUUUUUUAUAUCCGAACCCAAAUCAGAAAACCCUAGGGUUUACCUAAUGAAAUUCACCGCCACCAUAAUGCGCAAAAGCCCUAUACUCUCCGCAGAAGAUGAGUAACGCUCGAGAAGAACCAGGCGCGUUCCACACGGUGCAUCCGGAGCGUGACCUAGAGUCCAAUUGGGAAGUGGAUGUCGCCAAGAAACUCGAAGAGUACCUCUUGAAGAUUUGCUCCGGCGACAUCCCCGACGACGGUCACAUCCCCGUCAACUUCGCUGAAGCUGCUUUGCUGCUUCAGGGUUCGGUUCAGGUGUAUAGUAGGAAGGUUGAGUAUCUAUACUCGUUGGUUUUGCGUGCUUUGGAGUUCCUAUCUCAGAAGAGGCAGCAGGAUCAGUUAGAGGGCACACCAAUCCAGCGUGAAGAAAGUGAUUCCUGUGAAGUUGCUGAUGAUGAAAAUGAUCUGUUUUGGGGAUUAGAUGAUGUCCCAGUGGAAGCAAAGAAUUGCUUAGAUGGUCCAACAAGCAAAGAUGCUCCCUUGAAUCACUUAGUGAAGCCCCCUGCAAACCUAGUUGUUCUUGAAGGUGAUUGCUUAGAUACUACUGCUGAUGGCGGAGAAUUAGAGUCAUAUCUGUUGGCAACCAGCAAUCUUUACCAGGAUUUUAUUCUAUUAGACCCAUAUGAUGCUGUAGCAGUUCAUGAGUUUCUGAAGGGGGAUAAAGCUGGUAAAGGCCAGAAUGGUACCCACAGACGCAGCUCUGCACGCAAGAGCUUUCAAUCUCCCUCAAGACGUUCUGGGGGAAGUGCACGUUGGUCAUCUCUUGGAAAGAGACAGGAUGCUAACCUUAUUCAAUCUCCUUGGGCUGAUGGCAACCUUAAUGUUAAUAAUAAUAAUGUUGGGGCAGAUCCUCCUGCCUGUUAUAAUUUCGAUGACAACUGUGGAUUUGAUAUGGAUGAUAGAUAUUCAGAACCUAGGGAUUUGGAUGAUUCAGAUGAUGAUGAUAACAACCCAUGGAAGCCUUUGAAUCCCCAUGAACCUGGGAACUUGAAAGUGAAGCCUUUUCGAAAAGCAGUAAAAGCUUUUAAAAAGAAUGGGCUUAAUUCUACAAAGAAGGUCUCCAUAACUACACUUUUUCCAAUCGCAACAUUGCAUGGUACUAUUAGUCCAGAGCUCUCGAAAAUCUGGGAGAUGCAACGUCAUACUUUAGAAAGACGAGGGGAGUCCCAGUCUCCUCCAUUAUAUGAGAAGUUGCGGCAAUCACUUAUUGAUGGAGAGCUCAAAACUUUCAAUGCCUUUUGUAAUCCUGAGGAUGAUAAUGAGGAAUGCGCAUAUGAUAAUGGGAUCCCUGAUUUUGGGGAACCUGAUUUCGACUUGCCAGAGAAUAUGUAUAUGGAUGAAGAUGUACCUCUCCACAAUGAUAAGCAUGAUGAUGUUGCUGCUCACUGUGAUACUAAUGAAGCGUUCGGACAUGAAGAUCCAAAUACUCACGCAAGCCUGGAAGAUCUCUGUCGCUCUCACCUAGACGCUCUCCUUGCUAGCAUAGCUGAAACCGAGAAGCAUACUGAAUUGGCUUCCCGGGUUUUGACGUGGAAACAGAAAAUUGAGCACAAUUUGGAGGAACAAGAAUCACACCCUCCAUUUGAUAUUCAUGACUACGGUGAAAGAAUUAUAGACAAACUAUCCCUUGAUGCACACAAUGGGAAUAGCGUUUGUUUUGCUGAUGUGGUAAAGGGACAAGAGAAGUACGACGUGGCUCGAAGCUUUUCUGCACUUCUUCAAUUG